AUGUCGCCAUCACCAAUCACCCGUGACCAUGUCAUCAUGGCUCGCGAUGCGUCGCCUGGCACCAUCGCCGGUGCUACUGUCGGCGCUUUUGCAGCCGUCAUCCUCAUACUCCAAGAUGCUCUGCGCCCCGGGAUGGGCGCCGCCCCUAUGCGUUCUCGGCCAGUCUCCCAGACUUUUUCCCAAUAUCCCGCAAACCGCCUCUCCCAAGGCCGAAUAGCCUCCACUGCUGGCACCUUGUCCGAUCGCGACUCGCAAAUCGGCAAAGAAUACGGCCCGGACGGCAUCGUAUACCACCAUGCGCCUCCUCCACCGCCUACCGUUGCACGCCACUCGCUACCCUCGUGCUCACCCGCUCCCAGUGUCCCUUCUCUGGCUGACGCCGUUGCGGCAGCCAGCCGAAACGCCUCCCCGGCCGUUGCUCAGGGCCCAUUUACUCCCCCACCGGAGGGACAGCCAGAUCGAAAGGGGACUUUCGGAACUUUGACUACGGAGCCGGAAUCUCUGUCACGAUCGGCUACGGGUAGUUUACACGGGUCGCAGUCGCUAAAGGGAGGCGCCUUCCGCAAAUUCAGCAACAAAAUCUUCAAACGGGGAAGCACGAGAUCAAGCGGAAGCGGGAGCGAGUCUCGUGGCACGGGAACUAGGGUCUCGGACAUGGAAAUCGACGAUGACCGCGUUGAAAACGCUCCCGCUGUACCGUAUUUACGUGACGACAAACCUCCGGGAGGAGGAGCAGCCGACGAAUACUACACCAGCGCAGCAGCAGACUAUUACUCGGGAGCUCCUCUGUCGCCACCAGAGGAGCCGAAAUUGCCAGCGCCUGGCCCCGGCUCAGAAUUCAUCCAUCUGAUUGGGAUGCCUGGAGCCUCUAUAGUGGAAUCGGUCAUGCCACACGCUGGCAAACAACACCUCGGAAGUGCAUUCAAUCCCGUUGGCGCACCGCCGAGUCCAGCAUCGCCUCAGGUCAAGCAGGAAGAGAGGAGCAGCGAAGAGAGUGAACAGACAAGGUCACUUGAGGCCAAAAGUGACACCCUGUCUCCGCCACCCACCAGAGGCCUCCCUCCUUUUGAAUCCAGCCCAAAGCGGUUCGAGCCUCCACCCAGCCCGUACCGACCUGCUCCUGGCACGGUCAACCCGAUGGAGAUGAUGAAACCAACAACUGCCGCUGAACAGGCUGCCUGGGUAGAUACGGAAAUCUGGAAACUUGAAAAUUCGCCUCCACCUCAACUUGAUAACUCCCCUCCCCCAUCUGAGCCGUCUCCUCCUUCACAAACCGAUUACUACUCGCCGGCUCAAUCACCACCUCCCCAGCCAACCCAGGACGAACCUUCGACACAACCUGACCGCCCACAUUUUCAAGCAGUCGUUCGGCACCCAACCCAGAUGGACGUGACCACCAACGGGCAAGCCAUGCCUCAAAACGAAGAGCAAGUUGUGAUAGAUAUCUCCGACUCCUCGUCGCCUGGUUUCGAUCAAUAUGCAUACGGCCCAUCUCCAUCAAAUCAUACGUCUCCUGAGACUCGAUUCACGGGGUCAAACUAUACCGCUUCUCCCUCACCGCGCUCAUCAAUGUCCAACCGCCCCUCAAGUUCUUACGAACCGACCACAGAAUACCUGGAGACGACCAUGAGCGGCCAAUCACAGGGUUCUGUAUCGGAAGAUCGGACUUCGUCGUCCCCCAAACCCACGUCAUUUGCAUGCGAGAUCUGUGGAAGCAAAUUCGACCAGGUGCACAAGUUGAAUCAUCACAAACGUUACCACGAACGACCGCAUCAAUGCCCGCAGUGCGACAAGCGCUUCGGCACAAAAACACAUCUCGACCGGCACAUCAACGACAAGCACAACAAGACGCGAAAAUAUCACUGCACUGUGACGGGGUGCGCUUACUCGAAACAAGGAGGCGGCAAAUCAUUCCCGAGGAAGGAUAACUGGCGAAGACACAUGCAGAACAAACAUCAACAGGCCAACCCUCCCGAGCCGCUGGAAGAGGACGUUCUUAUGGCAGGAUAG